UGUUGCUUAAUGCUGUCAUGCAGUAAAACAAAGCUAACUGGCAGAGCAAAGCACAUACAGAUUUCUGCAUCUGCCUACAAGUGCACAUUAAAGAGUCCUUGUUGCUGAGAACCAAAGUAAAACAAGAUAAAAGAAGAGAGUUUUUCAAGAGAAGGUUCCACUAUCUCUUUCCAGAGGAGGAAAUAUGUUUGAUACUCUUGGACUCAUUUGUAUGAUUUGGUGGUAUAUGAUGCUAUUUCAUCCCUUGCAUGCUGACUUCCAGUGUACAGAGUCAGAUGCACAGGAAUCACCUAUUACAAAUGUGAGUGUGGACUGGAGAAAAAUGGAACUGUCCUGGGAGAGCAGCAGGAAUUUCUCUGAGUACAGAUGUACCAUUGUGAACAGCGACAUGGAACGUGCAGGCAUAGAGGUGGAUAGUCCACUGUGCAGCUUUCGAGAGGAGCUACAAAAGCCUCUGCACAAAGGGGUAUCCUUCAACAUUGAAGUGCCAAACACAAAUAUCUCAAAACAAUGCAGCUUUCUCCCUGCAGGCAUGAAAGGGUCAGCCAUUGAAAACUUCUCCUGUGUGAUUUAUGACAUCUUCCUCAUGAACUGCACGUGGCAGGCAGGAAGGGAUGCUCCAGCAGACACACAGUAUUUUCUCUACUGGCAAGAGUCAAGAGAUGAAGAAGAGAUGGAAUGUGAGCUUUACAUUAAAGAUGAAAAUUUCAGAAAUACGGGAUGUAUCUUCCAAAAUGUGAGAAAAGGGCUUGAAGAAGCCUACUUCCUGGUGAAUGGGUCUAGCAAAGACUCCCUGAUCCAGUUCUAUGAUGAGUACAUUGACCUGUAUAAAAUUGAAAUACUUCCUGCUCCAUUAAAUGUCAUUGCUGAUUGUCCCAGAGGUUCAGCAGAUUGCAUAAUUACGUGGCAUCCACCCUUUCCAAGUCGUCAGGAAGACGCAGGGUGCUUUCAGUAUGAAAUUAGCAUACAAAAUAAGGAUGAGCCCAAAGAAGAGAAAAGGCUUCUUCACGUGAAUAAUGAAAGAUAUGAAUUCCAAGAUUACAAUAAGAAAAAAAUAUACACUCUGAAAAUCAGAGCUCGUGGAAACAACUGUCUUGUGAGCUCAAACUGGGGGGAAUGGAGUGAACCCAUUGAGUUUGGUGAAGGGAAAGAUUACUUUAUUUUUGUGAUUUUAUUUCUGAUUGCACUUGGAACAAUCUCAAUUACACUUCUCCUGUAUUGUCUUUUCAAAAGGUGCUGCAGUUUCAAGAACCUAUUUCCUCCCAUACCACAACCAAGAGAUAAAUUCAAGGCAUUAACUGAUGAAGAUAUCCAGACAGAAUAUGUACAUCUACCAACAAAACAUCAUGCUGAGGAAAUAACUACAAUUGAAGAAUGACCCAGCUUUCCAAAAACACACCUGAUACCCCAACUUGAAAGAAAAUUAUGGAUCCUGCUGACAAGUACUUUAAAUCAGCCUGUAAGAAAAUAUAAUCACCUAUAAAAUUGUCCUCUUAAAGUCCACUUAAAAUGGAGCAGAUGAAAAAAAAAAAAAAGGAGAAAAAUCAAUAAAAUUUGUUCUUUUCCCUUUGUUCAAACCCACAAUGCCUGGCAAGCAUCUAUUUUGAAGUGCUUAAACCUUGCUAAGAGGUUCUUCACAAUGUCAGACAAGCCCUCUUAUCCAGAAUAAAACUGUUACUUCUUAUCAUUAC